UUUCUCUAAUUGUAUCGCAUGGCUAUGCGAUAUAAAGGAAUACUUUACAACCUUCAUUGGUUAAAACUAAUAAUUCUUGCUAUUUUUAAAUAUUACCGGGUAUUGGUUGACAGUAAUAGGAGCCCCAUUAAUGUCGUCAAUAAUAUGCAGUGGAAUGAGAAUAGCUAUUUAAAUUUAUAAUUUACGUUACUCGCUGACAGUAAUCGUGUUAUUUGUAGCAGAGCUAAUUUUAUUGUCAUCCGUGAUUUUAAAACUACCGAACAAUCAAUCGAUCAUCAUUUGAUAUCCAAUUAUCUUGUCAUUUACAUAAUUUGAUGGAAAGUUACGAGAAAGGACAAGACUAGACUGUAGUAAGUCGUGAGGUGUGCUGAGACUGCAAUACGUUUGUUUGCUACGUUUGCCCCGUAAAAAAAAAAUGAAUCUGGUUUCCAAUAUUUUACUAACAUUCACGAUAGCAGAUGUUUCAAUAAUAAUUGAUUUAUUCAAGCAUAAAAAUAUAAAAAAUGGUAUAAUAUUUCAUUGUCACGAUCAACAUCUCAUGAACAACGUCCAUAGAAUUUUGAACGAUAACGACAUCUUCAUGACUAGUGCUAAAACUGGAUUUGAUACGUAUAAAGUAACGAAAUCUUAUCCCAAAGUUGGGGUCAUAUUAAAUACGGCAUGUGAAGGUUGGACUGCUGUCCUCGAUAGCGGCAAGUUUCCGUUCCAGGAUUAUUUCUUCUUGAUUUUCACCGAACAUUUGUCGCAUACCACCGACAUUUUGUCUGAUUACCCAGUCGAAGUUGAUUCUGACCUCAUAAUCGCCCACAAUGCGCUACAACUCGUUAAUUUUUAUGAGGUUUACAACACUGGGUUUAAAUUUAACGGCACAUUCAACGUUAAACAUAUUGGGCACUGGAAUUCAUCGUUAUUCCUCAAAGCGUCUGACAGAAGGAAUUUACAAGGAGUGUUUGUGAAAACGGCAGUUAUUAUUCUAUCUUCUCCAAAAAUUGUGAACCAAACUAUAGAACAGUAUAUGGAAAAGCCUAUUAAGUCGCAGAUCAAAGUUGACACAGUCCAUAGAAUGAAGUAUUUUAUAAUGAUGAAGUUUAUGAGAGAUAUGUUCAAUAUUAGCUACGACAUGCAUCGAGUUAGCACAUGGGGCUACCAGCGUAAUGGCAGUUUCGACGGCAUGGUUAACGCGCUGUAUCGCGGCCUGGCCGACAUCGGCGGAGCGCCCGUGUUCUUUCGGAUUGACAGAGGAGAGCACGUUCAGUACAUUUCCGAGGUUUGGAUGUCUAGACACAGUUUCAUCUUCCGCCACCCGAAGUACCCUCGCGGCUUCUACACGAUCUACACCCGUCCUCUUAGCGACGUGGUGUGGUACUGCGUCAUCGCGCUGCUGGUGGUCACGGCGCUCGUGCUGUGGGGCAUGCUGGUCGUACAGAACAAUACUGGGGACAACGAGGACUCCUCGCUAAGCUUCGCCGGUCUCGUCAUAUGGGGAGCUAUUUGUCAACAAGCUGUUACCAUGAACCGCGAAGCGACGUCCACCAAGUUGGUGAUCUUCCUAACGUUCGUGUACGCGGUGACUCUGUACCAGUACUACAACGCGACCAUAGUGUCAUCACUGCUGUUGGAGCCACCCAGGGACAUAAGGACUCUGAAGGACUUGCUGCACAGCGAUCUGAAGGCUGGAUCUCAUGAUAUUGUCUAUGAUAGAGAUUACUUUAAGAGAACAACAGACCCGAUUGCCAUAAAACUUUAUCAGAAGAAAAUGGCGACGUCUCCUCGUAACAACUUCUUUGCCCCAGAAGAGGGUAUAGCCAUGGUAAAGAAGGGAGGGUUUGCUUUUCACAUCGACACGACUGUGGCUUUCCCUAUAAUCAAGGCUACGUUUAAAGAGCGAGAGAUUUGCGAUACAAACCUCGUGCAAAUGUAUCCACUGCAGAGGAUGGGUGUCGUUAUCAGGAAGAACUCUCCUUAUAAAGAGCAUAUUGCUUACGGGAUCAGAAAGAUCUACGAAGUGGGCCUCCCUCCCCGCAUACAAUCCGAGAUCGACGUGCCGAUGCCUGCGUGUGCGCACACGCCGGACACCAGCGUGUUUUGCGUCGGCAUCAGAGAAUUCUCCACGCCGAUACUGGCUCUCAUCAUAGGCAUGGUCACAUCAGUUAUGAUACUGAUAGUAGAAAUAGCUGUGAGUCGGGUAUUCAGCAAUAGGGGUUUCGUCAUGUUUAGACAUUGAUAGCCAAAUGCUGAAGUAGUAUUAGGAUUGUAUGCGGCACUUUUAGUUUAGUGUAGCAAGAGAGACAAACAUUGUAUUUAGUGGUUAAGUAGUCAAACGCACCUAAAACACCGAAAUUAUUAGGUAAAAUGUAGCUAUGCAUGGCGACUAAUUGUAUAAAGUGAAUGUGAAUGAAGAAAAUCUUAUUUGUGUUAGAUAGAUUAUUCAAAAGUAAAAUUACAGCCGUAUCUUAUUUAAAAUUAAUUAACUUUAAUUAAUAUAGUAAAUUACGUGUUGUUUCACGAGUGUCACUUCUGUAAAAAAUAAGAAAUGUGUGUGACAAUGCUUGAAUUUAUUUAAAGAAGCUUGUUAUUUAAUCAGGUAAAAACAAUAGAAAAAUGUUCGAAAAUAUCAAAUAAAUAAUUUUAAUUUCACUAAAACGUCCUACAGCGUGCAUGCAUGUUAAAUGUAUACAUAGGUGUUUUAAUCUAGAAUAAAAGUAAAAACAUAUUUCUCCA